CACUCAUUGAGACAUGUUUUUGUCACUUUAUUUAAUUUUUACGGCGAUCUUUUUGCUUUACAAGUAUUUGAAAUCGCCUUAUGAGACAUGGAAAAAUCGCGGGAUUGUUUCUCCAAGUCCGAAAUUUUUGCAAGGAAAUUUCAAAUCGAUUUUCGGAAGGAAAUAUAACGUCAUGGAAGACUUGAAAGCAAUUUAUGACAAAUAUCGUGGCAAGGAACCAAUUGUCGGGAUUUAUCUCUUGCGACAUCCACAGUUGAUGGUACUUGAGCCAGAAAUCGUCAAAGAUAUUCUUGUGAAGCAUCAACGGAAGUUUGGAGAGAAUUUCUUUGCGAAUCUUAUGAGUCACCAUGACAAAAUUUUCAGUCCAAACUUAUUUUUUAUGCAUUCCAAGGAGUGGAAAGAGAAGCGACAGGAAUUAAGUCCCGGUUUUGGAGUAAACAAAAUAAAGCCCCAGUUCAAUAACUUAUUAAAAAUUGGAGAUUCCUUCUGUGAUUACAUCAAAAAGUCAUCCUCAAAGUCAAUUUCUUUCGAUGUGAAGUCCUUAGCGAUCCGUUAUACUGCUGAAAUUUCGUCUUCAAUCGUGUUCGGGAUCAAAGCCAAUUCUUUUGAGGAAACUGACCCACCGAUAAUGGUUGUUUCGACCGAUUUGAUCCCCUUUGCGGAUAAAAUUCUUCGUUAUUUUCAACUAAUUUACUCAUUUCCCGUCCUUUUGCGGUUCUGGAAGUUUCGUUUGAGUGGCAUGACGGUACAAAAUUUCUUCGAGAACCUCACAGUUGAUGUUUUGAAAAUGAGAGCGAAUGCGGAACCGCGUAACGAUUAUGUUGACCACGUGAUGCAACUUAUGCGGAAAAAGGGUUUGAGCGAAAAAGACAUGGCAGGCGAUUUUAUCAACCAAUUUUUGGAUGCUUUUGAAACGACAAGUGUUUUUUUGACAUAUGUCCUGUACGAAAUUGCCAGAAAUAAGGAAGUUCAAGACAGAUUGAGAGCUGAAGUGUCGGAAGCUGAGUUGGAUAUCGAUUCUAUCGAAUCUUUGCAAUAUUUGGACCAAGUGGUGUUUGAAUCGCUGCGACUUCAUCCGGUUUUAGUGAAUUUGGUGAAGGUUUGUACGGAAACUUAUGUCUCCGAGAGUCAUUCGGUGAAAAUUUUGCCGGGAGAUGUCGUCAAUAUUCCAAUUCAUUGCCUUCAACGGGAUCCCCUGACGUAUGAAGAGCCAGAAAAAUUCAAUCCUGAUCGAUUUGAUGGCGGCGGGGUGAAGAAAUAUCGUCAAAUGUGCGCUUUAUUGCCUUUUGGCGAGGGACCACGACAAUGUUUGGGCAUGCGGUACUCCCUGAUCGAAGUAAAAAUUGCCGUUAUCGCAAUUCUGAAGAACUUUGAGAUGUCACUCACGAAGCCAGACACAAAAAUGGAGCUAAUUCCCGAUUGUUUGAUGUACUUAUCGAUGCCGUGCCCAUUUUCGAUUGAUUUUCGACCAUUCUAAGCCAUUCUUUCCUUUUAUGAGGGUCAUUUAUUAAUCAUUGACUAGACCAACGACGACGACGACGACGACUGGCUGCCUACACACACUUGUAACAACGUAUUUCUCCUAAUCACACAUAAAUAAAUGAAAAAAAAAGUAAAUAAAAGCGAACAGUUCAUAAUAAAUAUAAUGACAUUCAUUCAUGGCUCGGGUCGAUUUGAUUAAUUUUGGGUGGCCAAAAAUGGGUACCCAGAACACAAACAAGACAAUGACCGCUAAUUUAUCUUGUUACCUCUCUCUCUCUCUCUCAUUUUUCGGUGUCUUGUUAUGUUUUUGUUACGAAAAGCAAAUAAAUACAAAAUAUGAACAAUUACAAAUGGGACGCCGAGUAGUACUAUUUCUUUUCAUUAUUAGCAAAAUACACAGAAAAAAAGAAGUGUAAAUAGUCCAUUAUGGGAGAUAAACGAGGCUAAAAAUGAAUUAUAAUAAUAAUACUUUGUUGUACAAUAAAAAC